GAAAUGGGUCUAUCGACGACAACUGUGGUGCGAGCAUGCUCGAUUGUGGCGCUGGCGCUGUUCCUGUGGCGCAGCGCCGUCCACUCAAUUGAGGGCGACAUCCGAGACGCCUCUCGCCGCACGCCGAACCUGUUGACGCCAAUGGACGCGAGUUUCUCCAUCUGGGGAGUCAUCUACGCAUGGCUGAUCGUGUUUGUACUGCGCGAAUGGUUCGUCCCCAGCGCGGCGUUGGAGUCGUCGAUCUAUGCGCUGCACCUGUUGUUCAUCGCGAGCUCUGUGUGCUCGACCUUGUGGAUGGAGUUGUUCGUCACGGGGUACACACGUCUGUCGUUCGCACCAAUCUUUGGCUCGUGGUUGAUCUUGUUUGCAGCGUACUUGUACGUGGAGAGCCACAUCGAGCCCAUCGUCGUCACGUCCAUCCUAGCCAGCCGGAAUGCCGACUACGUGUUUGAUUCCACGUCGCGCGCCGACUUUUGGUGCAUCCGCGUGCCGUUUACGAUCUACUGGGCAUGGACGUGCGCAGCGACGACCAUCUCGCUCAACAUUUUGGUCGAGGAGUGCGGAGUCCACGCCAUGGGGUUCUACGUGUUUUGGUGCGGUCUGUGGGUCCUGGCCAACGUCCUCAUCUUGAUCGGCGUCGGCGACGUGCCGUUUGCGGCGGUGGCGCUAUGGACCCUCGUGGGCAUCGCCGUGCGCAACAGUCGCGAGAAACACGUGCAUGAUGCGGAUGUACAGUGGGUCGCCGAGCAUUACGCGCUCGAAGUGAUGGCCACCGUGGGCGCGUUUGUGUUUGGCUCUCUCUUUCUCUUUCUCGUACUGCACAAGUGGUGGCGUGGCCUGAAGCGACCUGUGAAUGGCAUUCUAAACACCAUCCCCAGCACUGCCACAACGUACGGCACGGCUGUCUAAUGAGUUGUAUCAGUAGCUCGUUACGCCAGUUCUAAUGUGGGGUUGUACGUUAUGGAACGCGCAAAGUGCAUAUAUGUGUGUACAUAUAUUGAGCGGCAGUAGUAUCACUUGAUCUCUUGAAUUCUUGUCGCAAUAGACUGUAAAAAACCUCGAGCAUGUG